AUGUCCUUCUACUAUGUCAGUGGCUUGCUACAGGCCAUACCAGUCGUCCGAGCGCGGACCAAGCGCUCAUACAGACGAGAUGCUAGAAUCGACUCGUUCUCCCUCACCGAUCUUCUGAUCUGGCUUGAGUCGGAAUUUUUUCGCCAAGUCAAGUUGACCCGCACUCCAGCACUCCAUUCUGAUGUUGGUCUGUCUCCUCACCAGCUGCGCUACCAGUCAGUCAGACGCACAGUGUACUCUUACCAAGAGAUCGCACUAAACGAUCCCUUCCCAUCCCGACGACCGCCGAUUACGAGAUUCUCACGCCGGGACAUGCAUGAUAUCCACGGCAAGACGGAAUAA